AUGCUUGCUCUUACUAAGCUUGCCGCGGUCCUGGCGGUUCUCCCGGCCAUUGCCUCUGCGGCUCCCACCACCAAGCCCUUCCCGGUCCCCGAGGCCCGCGAUGAGGUUGAUGAGGGUACCUCCAUUGUUGGUGGUGAGGCUGCCAGCGCUGGAGAUUUCCCCUUCAUCGUCUCUCUGUCCCAGGGGGGCUCCCACUUCUGCGGCGGUGUCUUGCUCAAUGCCAACACCGUGAUUACUGCUGCCCACUGCUCCGUUGGCCAGUCUGCCUCUUCCGUCCGCGUCCGCGCCGGCUCUCUCAACCGCAACUCUGGUGGCACCCAGGUUGGCGUCUCCCGCAUCCUGGUGCACCCAAGCUACAACAGUGGCACUACCGACAACGACGUUGCCCUCUGGCGCCUGUCGACUGCUAUCCCGACCAGCUCCACCAUCGGCUACGUCACCCUUCCUGCUCAGGGCUCUGAUCCCGCCGCUGGCUCUUCGGCUGUCACCGCCGGAUGGGGUACCACCUCUGAGGGCAGCGGCUCCCUCCCGACCGCCCUGCGCAAGGUCACUGUCCCCGUCGUCAGCCGGGCCACCUGCCAGGCCGCGUACGGCGCCUCGUCCGUUACCACCUCCAUGAUCUGCGCCGGCCUCGCCGCCGGUGGCAAGGACUCUUGCCAGGGCGACUCUGGCGGCCCCAUCGUCGACUCCUCCAAGACUCUGAUCGGCCUCGUGUCCUGGGGUGAUGGCUGCGCUCGUCCCAACGCCUACGGCGUCUACACUCGCAUCGGCCAGUUCGUCACCUGGAUCAACACCAACAAGUCCUAAGCAAAGUCUCGGUCUUUGUGUAGGACUUGCUACGCGGCGAGGAUGAGUGGGGGCUGCUAGUUGUUCCUCCUCAGGAGCUAUGCUGGGGGUUUCCCUUCAUCAUGCAGGAAUAUGGAUGAUGACAUGACUCGAUGGUGAUGCUGACGACGAUGAAGGGGGUGGGAGAAGUGUCUAGCCCGUGGGUGUGCUCAGACAAACCGGGAUUGUCCUCUUCAAUUCACUAUUUCUAUAUAUAUCAUUUGCGGGCUUCGUGCUCGGAACACCAGUAUAUAGAGUCUAUUAUAACGCAUUGGCAU